AUGCCCAACAGCAGCUCCAUCACUGAGUUCCUCCUCCUGGCAUUCGCAGACACACGGGAGCUGCAGCUCUUGCAAUUCUGGCUCUUCCUGGGCAUCUACCUGGCUGUCCUGCUGGGCAAUGGCCUCAUCAUCACUGCCAUAGCCUGCGACCACCACCUCCAUACCCCCAUGUACUUCUUCCUCCUCAACCUCUCCCUCCUUGACCUGGGCUCCAUCUCCACCACAGUGCCCAAAGCCAUGGCCAAUUCCCUCUGGGACACCAGGGCCAUCUCCUAUGCAGGAUGUGCUGCACAAGUCUUUCUGCUUGUCUUCUUGAUCUCAGCAGAAUAUUCCCUUCUCACAGUCAUGUCCUAUGACCGCUACGUUGCCAUCUGCCAACCCCUGCACUACGGGACCCUCCUGGGCAGCAGAGCUUGUGUCCACAUGGCAGCAGCUGCCUGGGGCAGUGGGUUUCUCAAUGCUGUGCUGCACACGGCCAAUACAUUUUCACUUCCUCUCUGCCACGGCAAUGGUGUGGACCAGUUCUUCUGUGAAAUUCCCCCGCUCCUCAAGCUCUCCUGCUCAGACUCCAACCUCAGGGAAAUUGGGCUAAUUGUGGUUACUGCAUUUUUUAUCUUCGCUUGUUUUGUUUUCAUUGUGCUGUCCUAUGUGCAGAUCUUCAGGGCCGUGCUGAGGAUCCCCUCUGAGCAGGGACGGCACAAAGCCUUUUCCACGUGCCUCCCUCACCUGGCCGUGGUCUCCCUGUUUAUCAGCACUGUAAUGCUGGCCUACCUGAAGCCUCCCUCCAUCUCCUCCCCUGCUCUGGAUCUGGUGGUUACUGUUUUGUAUUCAGUUGUGUCUCCAGCACUGAACCCCCUUAUCUACAGCAUGAGGAACCAGGAGCUCAAAGGCACAUUGAAGCAACUCGUGCUACUGGUGGUAUUUCAGAAGCAGUGA